AUGGUUUCCUUCCUCGGCCUCGACCUCACCAAGAACAUCUCCUACUACACGGUUCCCGCCGCCCUUGUCGCCUGCGUCCUCCCUCACGUCCUCGCCAUCGCCGGCUCCAAGGGCGUCUUUGACAAUGCCAACCCGCGCAGCCUACAGGAGAACCUCGAAAAGACCGAAACCCAGGCCAAGCUGCGCGUCGCCCGCGCCAAGGCCGCCUCCGACAACGGCUUCGAGACCAUCGGCCUGUACGCCGCCGGCGUCGUCGCCGCCAACGUCGCCGGCGUCGAGACCGCCCUCCUGAACCGCCUCACCCUCGGCUACGUCCUCAGCCGCUUCGCCUUCGUCUUCGUCUACGUGCAGCUCGGCGGCAACCGCAAGACCGCCCCCGUCCGCAGCCUCACCUGGUUCGCCGGCAUCGCCACCAUCGUCGCCCUCUUCAUCAAGGCCGGCAACAAGGUCGCUCUUUGA